ACGACUAACACGUAACCUUCCACGGCUCACACCUCCAUCAGCGAACAUAACUGGUUGGAAGUUCCCAGUCGUCUGACACGGCAACAUGGCGAUCGUACAAAUGCCGGCCGGGAGAAAUAAAUUUCGAGUAUGCGCGAAGCCUCCUCAAACCUGUUUCGACAUCUUGUCAAUCUUCGAGAAUUACUCUCUUUGAUCAUAAAUCAUUUAUCAAAAUUGUAGGGAGAUUUAAAAUUUCUGGGACAUUAUUUGUCCAUUUUCUUGAACCCCGUCUUCCUGAAUACGUGAUUCGGUUACGCGUCGAUGCGAACAUUUCCCGCGAAAUUCAAAAUAUUCAGGAACUGUACCGUUCAUAUACUGUACAGGUGCAAUUUCUCCCUAUACACUGUAUAUGACAAUAAACAGAAGAAAAAGCCGCAGAUAAUUGACGCUGAUUUGCUUGAAGGAUCAUGUCGGCAGUAAGGAAACCUCGUCCUCCUUCAGUCCCUGUUCCGCCACGCGAAAAAGCCAAGCAGAAUUUCAUGACGAAAGUUCUUGAGCAUCGCGAAACCCAAGCCCGCCUCAAGAAAAUUCGAGACGAUGUGCGCCAAAUCUACUUGGACUACGAUAAGUCAGAAAGCAACCUGAAAGCCUUGCAAACAGUUGGACAAAUCGUCGGCGAGGUGCUGAAACCCAUCGAUGCUGAAAAAUUCAUCGUCAAGUCAACCAAUGGUCCCAGGUAUUUAGUUGGUUGUAGAGCAGCGGUACAGCGAGACAAGCUGAAAAUUGGCACUCGUGUCGCAUUGGACAUAACGACCUUGACCAUCAUGCGCGCUCUUCCGCGAGAAGUCGACCCUUUGAUUUACUCCAUGUCCCACGAGGAUCCUGGCAGCGUCACUUACGCCUCCGUUGGCGGUCUGCCUGAACAGGUCCGACAAUUGCGCGAGGUGAUCGAGCUGCCGAUCACGAACCCGGAGCUGUUCCAGCGCGUGGGGAUCAAGCCGCCCAAGGGAUGUUUGCUGUAUGGGCCCCCGGGCACGGGUAAGACCCUGCUGGCUAGGGCAAUCGCGUCCCAGAUGAGCGCCAACUUCCUCAAAGUCGUCUCCAGCGCCAUAGUGGACAAGUAUAUAGGAGAGAGUGCACGGGUCAUUCGGGAGAUGUUUACCUACGCGCGGGAUCAUGAACCCUGUAUCAUCUUCAUGGACGAGAUCGACGCCAUCGGUGGGCGAAGGUUCUCAGAGGGAACUUCCGCAGACCGCGAGAUCCAGCGCACGCUCAUGGAGCUGCUCAACCAGAUGGACGGGUUCGACGCGUUGGGCCAGGUGAAGAUCAUCAUGGCGACCAACAGGCCCGACGUCUUAGACCCGGCCCUUCUGCGUCCGGGUCGGUUGGACCGGAAGAUCGAGAUCCCGCUGCCCAACGAACAGGGCCGGCUGGAGAUCCUCAGGAUCCACGCUGCGCCCAUCACGAAGAAGGGCGACAUAGGUGGGCGAAGGUUCUCAGAGGGAACUUCCGCAGACCGCGAGAUCCAGCGCACGCUCAUGGAGCUGCUCAACCAGAUGGACGGGUUCGACGCGUUGGGCCAGGUGAAGAUCAUCAUGGCGACCAACAGGCCCGACGUCUUAGACCCGGCCCUUCUGCGUCCGGGUCGGUUGGACCGGAAGAUCGAGAUCCCGCUGCCCAACGAACAGGGCCGGCUGGUGUUUAAGUUGUCGGAAGGAUUCAAUGGAGCCGACAUGAGGAACAUCUGCACGGAAGCCGGACUGAACGCGAUUCGCGGAGAACGGGACUUUGUGACCGACGAGGAUUUCAUGAAAGCCGUCCGAAAACUUGUUGAAACCAAGAAGCUGGAAAGCUCGAUGGACUACAAACUUUCCUCUUGA